UAUUGAGGUCCAAGCAUGUAUAAAAGCCACACCGAUCCACCCAAAGAACAACAGCGGCAGAGCCCCUCACCGAGUCGCCUCAUCUCGUCUCCUAUUCCUUAUCCCCUGCUCUUCAUCUGUCUCACCUUUUAUCGAUCAGGGGUUGAGAAGAUGAGCAGGCGGGCAGGAGACUGGAACUGCAGUUUAUGCCAGCACCACAACUUCAGUAGGCGUGACUCCUGCCAGCAAUGCGGUCACCCCAGGUUGUGCAGCGGCGACUUCUCCGACUACGCCGGCCUCGGAGGCGGUCGAGGAGGAUCCUCGUUCGGCGUCGUUUCGGACGUCCGGCCCGGAGACUGGUACUGCUCAUGCGGCGGCCAUAACUUUGCGAGCCGAUCCAGCUGCCACUCGUGUUGCGCAUUCAGGGAUGACUCCGCGGUUGGCGUCAUCGGCGGAUUCGACAACAGUGAAAUGGCAGGCUCACAAGGUAUCACCUACGGUGGCGGCGGCUGGAAGUCCGGGGACUGGUUGUGCACCAGGUCGGGCUGCAAUCAUCACAACUUCGCUAGCAGAAGGGAAUGUUAUCGAUGCAAGGCACCAAAGGGAUGCGGAGCCUAAGCUUCAGGACAAGUCAAGAGAGACAGAGAGAGAGAGGCAAGAUGACAAACCGAGAACAACGAGGACAACAUGAUACGCCAGUUCUAUCUCAAGCUAUUACUUUAGUUUUACUUCGCACCCUUCUGUUGUUCCUACAAGUUUAACCAUGCUUGCACAACAUGUGUUGCUGCAGUACUUUUUCUGCAUGGGUAUAUAUCUAUGUAUGUCUUCGAAAAUGGGCAUCAUGACGCAAGGUCAUCAUGAAGGCACCUUUUCUUUGGAAUAUGAAGAAGACACGUGUCUCUCUCUCUCUCUCUCUCUCUCUCUCUCUCUCUCUCUCUCUCUCUAGGCUUAAGUUCGUUAAAUAUAUUUCUUGGCAUGCCAGAAGAAUGGAUGGUGAUUCACCAGAUAACACUCAUUCCACAUAAUAGAUACGUGCAAUUACUUUGAAGUAAUUUCUUUGGACAGCAAUAACCAGCCUCUCGAUAGCCGCUGGUUUGGUCAACGAACCGAUCGAUCUUGGUAACAUGUUGGGAUGAGGAGUCCAGUCUCCCGUUCAUAUGCCCUCCUGGUUGUCAAGUUGGAAUUAAGAACGUCUUGGACAUGGCAAGCAUAAGCUUUGGAGCACACGAAACCAUUGCAUCCUUACCUUUUCUAUACGAUCUAAAUGUUUAGUUUCGCUGGCUGGAUGUUGUUUUAGUUGCUUAACGCAACCUAACUUAUAAUGUAGUCAACCAAUGAAGUUGUAUCAGUACACGUCACUGAAAUUAUUAUUAAUGCUACAAUAAGAUAAUACGAACAUUAAUUCUCAAUGUCAACGUUGUCACUUCUUCAACCUUCUAUAUGUUGCCAGAUCACACCUCCCAUGGUUUUAUCUCAUCUGAGAACUACAUAUCUAGAUAUAGAGAGAGAGAGGAAACAUGGCUAGGCUGCAAAGAUCUGUAACAACGUUCAGGAGGUCAGGAUCAUCAGGGAUGGUGUGGGAUGAGAACUUCUUGCCGGGGGACCUCAGUCGGAUAAAGAAGAAAGAGGAGGAGGGAGUUGCAGGAUUCAAGGAAGAGACGAUGGGGCACUCCAAAAGCAUGGGAUCAACGGGAAACAUGGGACGCAGAAGCAGCAUCGGUGGCAGCAGGCAGGUCGUCUUCCCUGCAGGCUUUGUCUCGCCGGCCGCCGACCCGCCUUCUCCCGACGUCCCUCGUUGCCUUUGCUGUGGAUUCUUCAGCCAGAACCGCUCUGCUAAUCGAUUCAAGCCGAGAAGGCGGUAAUUAUACUAUAGGAAUGACAAUCAUGUAUGUAUGUAUAUAUAUUGUGGCAUGACAGUUCACCUCUCUCUCCCCAUUGGUUGUCUAUUUAUUUUCUUGAUUGGAUUCCCCUUUCGAUAGACAUAAUGUUAUUAGUAGAAUGUUGAUGUAUGAGUUGAAGAUUGAAAGAAAAUAUAUGAUUAGAGUAAAAACUGAGAGAGCCGAUUAGAAAUA